AUGGUUAACAAAAUAAGUAAAAAUACACUAAAUAAUCCCAUAUUGCCAAAUUCAAAAAUAAGAAAUACAAGUAAGGGUAAUAAAACAUGUAAAACAAAAGAGGUGCAAAAGGAUUUAUAUCAAUGGUAUAUUGAUAAUAACAUUGAAGAUAAAAAAAAAAAAAAUAUAAACAUAGAAAAAAAUACAGAUGAAUAUUAUGAAGAUGUAGAAAUUAGUAAAAAUGUUGAGGAAUAUAUAAACGUAUUAUGUAGAAUAAAAAAUGACUUAAAAAGUGAAAAAACAGAUGAAAACAAUUUAGACGUAAUAAAAAAAGUAUCUUAUAAUAAAUUAGUUAUUGAUACUUUUCAGAUGGGUAAUAAAGGUAGUGUUAAUUUUGAGUACACCUAUGAUAGGGUGUACGAUAUUGAAAAUAAUAAUCAAAUGAUUUUUAAUGAUUAUAUAAAAAAUAAUAUAAAAAAUAUAUUUCAAGGAAUAAAUUGUAGUAUAUUAGCAUAUGGUCAAACAAAUAGUGGUAAAACAUACACUAUGUUAGGAAAUUUUGAAUUUUUAAAUAAUUUAUUCAAUAUAUGUGUUGAAAACAAAAAUAAUAAAGCAAGUAAUAGUAAAAUAUCAAUAACUUAUGAUGAAUUAACUAAUUGUAUAACUAAUGAACCUAAUAAUGUUGGAUUAAUACCUCAUUGUAUUAACUAUAUUUUUAAUUAUAUAAAUUAUCACAAAAAAAAAAACACAACUGUAAAAAGUAAUAAAAAAGAAUUUACAGUAACUUUAUCAAUUUUAGAAAUAUAUAAUGAAAUUAUAUAUGAUUUAAUAAGUGGAGAAAGUAAUUUAUCAGUUCAAAUGAUAGAUUCUCAUAAGAAUGAAUUUGUAAUAAAAAAUCUAAAAGAAGUAGAAAUUGAAAAUAUUAUCAAUGCUUUGUAUUAUUUAGAACAAGGAGUAAAUAAUAGAAAAAUUGCGUUUACUCAUAUGAAUAAAGCAUCAUCUAGAUCACAUUUAAUUUUUAUCAUAAAGAUAAACAGAUUUAUAUACUCCACUAAUACUAUGAGAUGUGGCAAGUUAUGUUUAGUAGAUUUAGCAGGAAGUGAGAGAUUAAAACAAACAAAAGCUACAGGUUCAAUUAAAAUUGAAACCACCAUGAUUAAUAAAAGUUUAACAGUUCUAAGUAAGGUUAUUAAUUCAUUAGCUGUAAUGCAAAUAAAAGAGAAAAUGGACAAAAAUAAUAGAGAGAAAACUCAUAAUGAAUGUGAUAACAAUGAAGAAAAUGACGAUCAUAUAAUAGACGAAUGUAAUUCUACAAAUAUACCAAAACAAAUAUCAAAUACAACAAAAAAAGCUAAAUGCGAUGGUUCUGCUACUACUAACGUUCAUAUUCCAUAUCGUGAUUCUAAACUUACUAGAGUAUUAUCAGAUAGUUUAGGAAAUAAUUGUAAGAGCAUCCUUAUAUGUACUUUGUCAUCUCAAUUGCAAUAUUUAAAUGAAACGGCUUCUACUAUUAAAUUUGCUCAAAGAGCCAAAAUGGUUAAGGCAAAACCAGUUAUACGUGAGGAAAAAAUAGAAAGUAAAAAAGAGGAUGAUGAAGGAGAAAAUGAUAAAAUUAGCAAUAUUGAUAAUGAGAAUAAUACAACUGAUAAAAAAUUAAACAUUUUUUGUAAUUUUAAUAGUAAUAAUAUAAAUAAAGAUAUAAUAUUCUUCUGCUUUAGUUUAUGCAUUUUUAGUUAUAUGUGCGGAUUCAAAAGUACAGGAAAAACAAAAUACUUAGACUUUUUUAUUGAAUCUUAUAAAAACAAAAUAGAUAUAAUAAAACAACAACUAAAUAAGGAAACAGAAAAUAAUGAUAUAAAUGAAUAUAUACUAAAAACAUUUGAUGAUUUAAAAGUUCUAACAGAAGAAGAAAAAGCAAAAUUCAAUAAGAUAAAUGAAGAAAAACUCAAAAAUAAUAAAGAAAUUUCAUCAAUUAUAAAUAAUAAAACUGGUGAUAAAUUACAUAAUACUGAUAAAAAAAAGGAAAAUAAAGAACAAGAAAAUAAUGAUAAUGAAGAUAGAAACAAAUUAACUGUUGAUUACUUAAAUAAAAUAAACAAUUUCAAUAAUAAAGUUAUAGAAGAAAAAAGCGAUUUAGAUGGAGAUAAUUUAACUAGAACGAAUGUUUCAAAAGAUGAUAUUAUUGAUGAAGAUGAUGCCUUAAUAGGAGAUAUUUUAAUAAAAAUGAAAAAUGAUAUAUGUAAUAUUUUAAAAUUUAAUUUAACCAGUUUAAAAAAUAAUAUGAAGGAAGACGAAAAAAUGUUUGAUGAAAUAAUUAAUAUAGUUAAUACAGUAAAAGAAAAUAAUAGUAUAUUUUUAUUAAGUGAGUUAAAUGAAAAUAAAAACGAUGUAAAUUUGGAUAAUAAAGACGUAUUAAAUGAAAAGAAAGUUUUAUUUAAUGAAUCAGAUAAUAACUGUAUUGAAGCUAAUAACAUACCUAAAAAUAAAAAAGAUUUAAAGAUUAUCAAAGAUAUAGAAGCAAAGAAAAAAAUAAAAAAAGAAAAAGCAAAUGUAAAUACUAAGAGUAUUCUAAAUUUAGAAGAUCACAAUGAAAAGAAAAUGAGUAAGUCAAAAUUAGAAAAUAUAUGUAAAAAUAAUAAUAAUAAUCAUGUAAUAGAUUAUGUAAAUUUUGCUGAAAAAAUAUUAAGUGUUACAAAUAUUCAAAAUAUAUUUGAUUAUGUUAAUAAUAAUUUUAGCAAGUUUAUUAGUGAUUUUACAACUGAUAAAAGUACUGUAUUUACUAAUUUUGAUUUAAAUGAAAAUAUAGAUAGACAGGUAAUAGAAAAAAAUAAUACUAUAUAUAAUUUUAUACAUGCUGCUACUAUGUUUCAACCAAGUGGAACUUUAAAAAAUUUAAAUAGUAACUACUUUAUUAAUAAAAUUCAAACAGAAAUUUAUAAUAAUUAUAAUAAUCAAAAUUUUAAUUUAAGAGGGGUAAAAAGCAUAAAUAAUAUAGAGAACUUAAAAACAGAUAAUGAUGAAAUAAAAAAUAAUUGUUCUACAAAUGAAAACUGUAUUAAAUCAAAAAAUUAUAAAUCAAUAAAAGGUAUUGAAACAAGUAAUAUGCUUCAAGAAAAUCAAAAAUCUAGUGCAUUGAAUAAAAAUGUAAAAUUUUCAAAUAAAGAUGAAACUAAUAACAAUUUAGAAAUAAUUAAAAAAAGUAAUAAUAUAGAAAAAUCAGUAAGCUUUUACAAUAAUGAAGACAUAUAUGAAUAUAGUAAUAAUAAUAAUAAUGAAAAUGAUAACAUUUCUAAAAAAGUGAUAAUUAACGAUGAACAAAUAAAGAAAGGAAAAUUGCAAAGAAGGAAAGAGAGUAAUAUUAAAAAUAUAAAUGUUUCUCAAAAUGAACAGAUUUUAGAAUUUACAAGAUUAUUAGAAAAUAAAGAUUUCAAAAAAUUAUAUGAUUACUUAAUUGAAAAGGAAGACAAACAUGGAACAAACAUUUUUCAAAAAGAAAAUGAUAAUAUUAAUAAUGUCUUACAAAAAUUAGAAUCAAAAAUUAACGACGAAAUAAAGAAAAUAAAUGAAAACAUCACAGUAGAUAUUUCUAAUAAUAAUAGAAAAUUAGAUAAACCAUACAAAAAAAUAAAAAUGAUAGAAGGAGGAAAUGCAGUUUCUCUCAAAACUAAAAAUAUUAAUAAUAGCAGUUUAUGCAAUUCUAAUCAUGUAACAAAAAAAUUCGAUAACAUAGAAAUUUCAUACUUAGAGAAAAAAAGAAAUACUAAUUUAUGUAUAAAGAAAAUAUUUAAUAUUAUUAAAAAUAUAUUCCAUAAAAAAGAUAUUAGAGAUUCAAUAGAAAUAAAUGUUACUGAUCUAAUAGACAAUGAGUUUGCACAUAAUAAAAAGUUGUUAGAAAAAAAUUUAGAUUCUUACAAUAUCAGAAAUUUUCAUAUUAAUAAUAAAAAAAUUUAUAUUUUAAAUGAAACAGAAUAUGCACAUUUAAGGGAAUUAAUUAAUUACAAAAAUAAAAUGUUAUCAUUUCUAAAUAGUGAGUAUAAAAAAUGUAAAUUAAUAGUUUAG